AUGUGUAAUGGGCCAUAUGUUUUAUUUAAUAGGUUUUCUAUUGAUCUGUGAAAAAGGAGGGCAUGGGAAGUGUGGAGGAAGAUUGUGACUGAAUGAAAUUUCCAGAGGUUUCAGAAUGGAGAGAAACAUGAGGAAAUUGAGGAAACCUGCUGCUAAGGACACCACAGAGCAGGAUGAAACAAAGAAUCUAACAGAAAAGGAGAAGGUAAUCAGGAGAGAAGUGAAGAGUCUACUGCAGGGCGAACUGGAAAAGCUCUUGGCCGGGGAGAUUGAGGACGAAGGGGAGAGUACAGCACUACAACAUGAAGCAGAGAAGCGCAAGGAGGAGGAGAAGUCCAAGGAGGAAAGAGACCGCGUAUCAUUGCGCAAUGCAGUAGGGAAAGCCACGCCGAGGGGAAUAUCUAAGGAAGACAUGGACCGUAUAUCUUCAGAGUGUGCAGUAGGGAAAGUGAUGCCAAGGGGGAUGUCCAAGGAAGAAAUGGACCAUGAAUCUUCGCGGGACACAGUAGGGAAAGUUACGCCAAGCGGGAUGUCCAAGGAACAAAUGGAAUGUGUAUCUUCACGGGACACAGUAUGGAAAGGUACGCCAAGGGGGAUGUCCAAGGAAGAAAUGGAGCUUGUAUCUUCGCGGGACACAGUAGGGAAAGCUACGCCAAGGGGGAUGUCCAAGGAAGAAAUGGAGCGUGUAUCUUCGCGGGACACAGUAGGGAAAGUGAUGCCAAGGGGGAUGUCCAAGGAAGAAAUGGUGCGUGUAUCUUCACGGGACACAGUAGGGAAAGUGAUGCCAAGGGGGAUGUCCAAGGAAGAAAUGGAGCGUGUAUCUUUGCGGGACACAGUAGGGAAAGUGAUGCCAAGGGGGAUGUCCAAGGAAGAAAUGGAGCGUAUAUCUUCGCGGGACACAGUAGGGAAAGUGAUGCCAAGGGGGAUGUCCAAGGAAGAAAUGGAGCGUGUAUCUUCGCGGGACACAGUUGGAAAAGUUAUGCCAAGGGGGAUGUCCAAGGAAGAAAUGGAGCGUGUAUCUUCGCGGGACACAGUUGGAAAAGUUACGCCAAGGGGGAUGUCCAAGGAAGAAAUGGAGCGUGUAUCUUCACGGGACACAGUUGGAAAAGUUACGCCAAGGGGGAUGUCCAAGGAAGAAAUGGAGCAUGUAUCUUCGCGGGACACAGUUGGAAAAGUUACGCCAAGGGGGAUGUCCAAGGAAGAAAUGGAGCGUGUAUCUUCACGGGACACAGUUGGAAAAGUUACGCCAAGGGGGAUGUCCAAGGAAGAAAUGGAGCGUGUAUCUUCGCGGGACACAGUUGGAAAAGUUACGCCAAGGGGGAUGUCCAAGGAAGAAAUGGAGCGUGUAUCUUCGCGGGACACAGUUGGAAAAGUUACGCCAAGGGGGAUGUCCAAGGAAGAAAUGGAGCAUGUAUCUUCACGGGACACAGUUGGAAAAGUUACGCCAAGGGGGAUGUCCAAGGAAGAAAUGGAGCGUGUAUCUUCGCGGGACACAGUUGGAGAAGUUACGCCAAGGGGGAUGUCCAAGGAAGAAAUGGAGCGUGUAUCUUCACGGGACACAGUUGGAAAAGUUACGCCAAGGGGGAUGUCCAAGGAAGAAAUGGAGCGUGUAUCUUCGCGGGACACAGUUGGGAAAGUUACACCAAGGGGGAUGUCCAAGGAAGAAAUGGAGCGUGUAUCUUCACGGGACACAGUUGGAAAAGUUACGCCAAGGGGGAUGUCCAAGGAAGAAAUGGAGCGUGUAUCUUCACGGGACACAGUUGGAAAAGUUACACCAAGGGGGAUGUCCAAGGAAGAAAUGGAGCGUGUAUCUUCACGGGACACAGUUGGAGAAGUUACACCAAGGGGGAUGUCCAAGGAAGAAAUGGAGCGUGUAUCUUCACGGGACACAGUUGGAAAAGUUACACCAAGGGGGAUGUCCAAGGAAGAAAUGGAGCGUGUAUCUUCACGGGACACAGUUGGAAAAGUUACACCAAGGGGGAUGUCCAAGGAAGAAAUGGAGCGUGUAUCUUCACGAGACACAGUUGGAGAAGUUACACCAAGGGGGAUGUCCAAGGAAGAAAUGGAGCAUGUAUCACCACUGGAUGAUGUAGGGAAAGGUACACCAAGGGGGAUGUCCAAGGAAGAAAUGGAGUGUGUAUCUUCGCAGGAUGAAGUAGGGAAAGCCACAGCAAAGUGGAAAUUUAAGCAGGAAAUGGACCAUGUCACAUUACAGGAUGAAGUAGUGAAACUCAUGGAGGAGAAGGAGGAGGACCAGGAGGAAAGGGACAGUGCAUUAUUGGAAGAUGAAGCAAAUCAACUCAUGGAGAAAGAGAAAAAGGCAAAGCUUAGCUUGCGGUCAAGUCAAAGAGGCAUUGGAGGCUUGUGGGCUAAACACAAAGAGAAAAUGAAAGGGGUCGUAGAGAAACGGAGACUGUCUUUGCUGCCUCCUGGUUACUUUGCCAAGUUAUCUCAGAUGUUUACCCCAAAUUUUUCUGGUCUCCAGAACACGGAAACUUCAGAAGCACCAGGAAGAUUUCAGAAAAGAGAUAACCAACCAAAAUUAGCUAGCCUGUUCAGCUUUGAGCCUUCUGGUAGCUCUCAGGGCAAGAAACUAACACUGAUGAGGAGAGUGCCACCCCAGAGGGAUCUCCUUUCUCCAAGGUUACCCAAGACCAUCAAUGAGGAUGUAUGUGCCCCUGAGGAUGAGAAAAGUUCAGAAGGGGCAAAGGAGCCACAGGAAGAGAAUCGCCCUUCGUCAAGCAAUCCUGAGAGUGCAAUGUCUAAAUCUGCCAAGGUUUCUCCUGAGCAAAAAAAGAAGGUUGCAACAGCUCCAAAAGAACUCGGCGCCCAUCCUCCCAAGAAACUUGAAUGCGACUCCUUGUACUCAUACCCAGGAAUGGGGAGCUCUGUCUGGAACAUGGGGCAACGAAUCUCCCACUGGCGGACAGCCCACCAACGUGGGUAUCAAGUGGACCAGUUUACUCAGGAUAAAAGUUACAAGCAAAGACUUGUGAAACAUGAGCGGGACAUCAAGACAGCUAUGCCCUUGCCUCUCCAGGAAGUGAUGGAGGAAGAGGUGUUGGCCAUCUUAAUGGAAACCCUGUUUGCCUACCAGCACAAAUUAGGACCGGUGCACCCCCUAACUGUCCAGAUGGAGCAGCAGGUGGACAAUCUUCACUUCCAACUGCAGGGAAGAGGAGCGUUUUGAGUAAAGAUGCUGUGCAAAAGAAGCCCAUCCAACCUCUUGCGCAUCUCCACCCCAACCCUGAAACCACCAGCAGUGAAAAUAAAGCACUGAAUUUGUGUGAAGAGGAUACCCAUACGUAGUUAGCC